AUGGAGGGCGCGGAGCGAGAGGUGGCGGCGCUGCUGGAGAAGGUGCAGGGCGCUGGCAGCAAUGCUGAGCAGAUGGACCUCUUCCGCCACGUGCAAGAGAUUGUAACGCACAGAGAUCCGUCGGGACCGGAACGACGCGUGCUGCGUAGCGUGUUUCCAUUGCUCGGACAGCUCGCGCAGCUGCAGAACACGACGCUGGUGGCGUCGAUUCUGCAGCUUGUGGCACAAGAAGCAGCCGCCGCGUCGGCCACAGCCAACACGGCAUCUAGCGAGGCAGUGGGCGCGGCGUCUGCGAUCCUGGCUGGUCUCUAUGAGGUGUGCCAUACCGUGUUGCUGCUCAGCUACUCGACCGAGAAGAACGUGGUGCUGGCGCUGCAGCUGGCGCUCAGCAAUCUUCAUUCAAGCUUCCAGAUCGUUCUGCGCGCUGAGAGCAUCGAUAGCCGCGUGGAUAUGGAGGCAAAAAGCUGCUGGGGGGCCACGGUCCGCUGCGUCGAAGCGACGGCCGACGUCGUGGCCAACCCGCCAGAGACGGGAGAUAACAACCGCAGCGUCAUGGUCUGGUUACGGGCCUGGAAGCUUCUGGAGAGCGGCGUCAUGCUCUUCAGCACGGCGCAGGACGCGUCAGUGUACCGAGACCCCAUGCGAUCCAACGUGCAGCCCAACGCCUGCAGCCUGGACCGGCUGAGUGGGGGAAACCAGACGAUUUUGGUCAAGACUCAACUAGAAGAGUUUGGGGUUUUCUUGUUGCAGAGACUGUGUGGCGUUGUGGGCGCUGCAGCGGAGAGCAAGGUGACCCUAGCGAGACGAGAAAUGAGUGUGGCGAUCAAUUCAGUGUCGUUAUUGGCGGCUGCGCGACCGCAGCACAUGCCACACAUUUUGCCAGGGCUGAUUUCUCUUUCCAAUGCAGUGGCGACGCCCGGAAUGGAAGAUGCUGUGAUGCAGAAGACUUUAACGGCCAAUUUGGUGAAGCUGCUGAGUCAUCCGGCAGCUCAGCCAUUUGCGGAUGAAGUAACGGACAUUUUGAUCGCAGUGGGGGCCUCUCAACGCGCCUUUGCUGCGAUUAGUAAGAGCAAGGAACAGCGGAGAAGGUAUACCAAUGCACCUACUGAGGCAUCGUUGCGGAGGGCCAGGAUCGGUAAGCGCACUGCAGCGCAGUCGAUUACAGAACGAGUGGAGAAUGCAAAUGCUCAUGCAAAGCGCAGGCGUGUAAACCUUUCCGAGUCCUCUGCAGCCCCCAUGUCUCGGGAAAAGGUAACACACGACGGUAUUGUCAAUAUGCAAGCUGUGGAAGUUGCCAAUUUGGUACUGGAGAGUUUUGCGUCCGAUAUGCCCACCCCUGCGCCUUCUAAUCUGCAGUUGGAGCUCGUUCCCAGUGCGCUAAAGACGCGAAUGUCUGCACUAUUGGCAAAACUUGCAACUCCGUCCUCCGCUUUGGCAAUUGAGAAAAGUGCCAAGCGCAUGCGUGACCCUCGACUGAGACGCGACCCAAAAUUGCAGACACAGAACAAGGAGCAGCCAGCACUUGUACCCAUUUUUGAUGACUCUGCCGUCGAAGAAGUGAGUGAUUGGAUCUCGAAAAACGCUGCUACGAUCGCAGAGCCACUCGUAUCUGUCUCGGAGGACAACGUGGUUCAGGUGCAUUUGAAAGCAGAGACCGCAGCAUGGCAACACGAAAUGGCUAUUGACGCGCUGGUUCGGAUCUUGGAAAAUGAGUACGGAGUGAAGAUUCGAGGCGAUGAGGCGUUGCGUGAAGGGAUUGUAUGCCGUCUCGCGUCAAGUCCUUGGCUGCUUAGUACGGACGAGAAGAACAAGCCGGUGUCGCAGUCGGAUGUUUCACCGAAACUACCCUUUGUCUAUCAGAAGAUUUUGGACUUUGUGCUGGGCGAUUACUCUCUAAGCCGGGCCACAGACGAGGGCAUUGCACCUCCAGGUGGCGCUGCUGAUUAUCAGAUUUAUCGAAUCUCGGCUAACUAUUUCUUUGGCGCGUUGCAAAAGAAGAUGAAUCUGUCGUCGUCGGCGGACAAGAAGCUGUUUGGUAGUUUAGUGGCGCAACUUCCGCGGAUUCCAGUGGAGAUUCUUCGCCUCGUUACGUCUCUGUUUAGCGAGAAAUCUGGAAUCGUUCUGGGGAUCACACUGCUCCGUGAUCUCUGCAAGGAACGGAAAGCAUGUCAGAUGCCCUGUCUUCUCCUUUUAUUGCGGUUUACAUGCCACGAAGACGAGCACUAUCGCAAUUCCGCCAUUCGCUGUGUAGCUAACCAGCUUUAUGGCAUUGGUGCUCUUAAAAGCGACAUCGAGGGAUUUGCGAUCAAGUUAGUUAACUCGCUGCGGGAGCCCGCAGUGGAGCUAGAAAACAACUGGCUGAAAAACCAGGUGCAACGAAUAACGCUAGCUGAAGUGGAUAGUAACCAUGAGCUACAGGCUUAUGCAGAGGAAGUUCAAGGCGAAGCUGAACUCUCUAAGCCCUCGGACAACGAAACGGAGAUCUUGCGGCGGUUGGAGCUCUAUCUGGCUCUGUGUGCGAAAAAGCCGUCGCUGCUGACACAUAUGGUGGCGUCGUAUGCGUCCGCAUCCGAAACAGUGCGUCAAGUGGUUUUCCGUGCAAUUGAAAAGCUUAUUAAGCAUCUCAAGCAGCGCGGAAGUGUGAAUGUUGUUGCUCAGCUGCACGGGUACGAGCCGAACGCUCUUGGACUGGUCUGCCACAUCAUCCAGAUCCUGUCGCUCCGUGGACGGCCGAACGAGCCAAGCACGUCGGCUACUGACGAGCUCGUGCAACAGAUUUUGGAGCUGUACCGUAGCCACGAGCACAUUCCAGACUCAAUCUCGGUGCUCAUUCCGGUACUGCCCAGUAUUCGCGGCGACGUCUUGUUCCCAUUGUUACCCCAUCUGCUAUCACUACCCCCAGCUCGACUGUCAGUUGCCAUGACGCGGCUAUUAGAAGCGAUGCCUCCCCAAGUGGUAGCUCCCAUCGACUUACUCGUGGCACUGCAUCACGUGGAUCUCAAGAGCGAGCCAAGUAUGCAAAAGAAGGUAAUUAACGCUAUCAACAUCUGCGUGGAACACCGCCACGCGUUCCCUUCGGAUGUGCUUCUCCACGUGUGUCGAGUGCUGGUCCAAGAGGAGAGGAUCUCCAAGCUUUCGCUCCGUACGCUCAUUCUUAGCGUCACGGCCUACCCGACUCUGCAGAAGGAUAUGGCGUCUCUCCUUAACAUCCUCAUUGAGAGGAGGGUGUGGGAGAUGGAAGACGCGUUGUGGAAGGGCUUCGUCAAGUGCUCAGCGCUUAUCCAACCAGCAUCUUUCCCUUUGCUUCUCCACAAACUACCAGUGCCACAAUUGGACUUGCUGCUGACUGAGGAAAAAGAGUUGCGCGUUUUACUCCGAGAAUUCGCCUUCACUGCUGGUCCUGAUGGCCAGCCCCUGGAUCUUCCUUCUGAGAUCAACGCGCUCCUUGAAGACCCUCAAGAAGUCAAGCUUGAGGGCGUCCCUGACAUUGAAGAGCCAGAAAUGAAAGUAGAGAAGACUGACCCUGUCGACGUGGACGACGGAGCACAGCCGAGCAAUUAG